AUGGCUCCGAUCAACAUUGGCAUCAUCGGCCUGUCGUCAUCGGCCGUCACGUCGUGGGCCAGCCACGCGCAUCUCCCGUAUCUACUCUCUUCCCGUGGCCGCGCCAACUAUCGAAUCGUCGCUCUCUGCAACUCGAGCGUGGCGGCUGCACGAGCGGCCAUCGACCACUACGGGCUGGACCAGGGCACAGCUGCAUACGGCGAUCCCGAAGAUCUCGCUGCAGAUUCCAAUGUGGAGCUCGUGGUUUGCUGCACCCGCGUCGACACGCACUACUCUCUUACGCGACCCAGCCUUGCUGCGGGCAAGUCGGUCUUCGUGGAGUGGCCAUUAACCCACGACAUUGGAUCCUCUCGGGACCUGGCCAAUCUAGCACGCGAGAAAGGGGUGCGCACCGCAAUUGGUCUCCAGAGCAGGUUGGCGCCUUCAGUGGCCAAAGUGCGAGAAAUUGUGCAUGGAGGAAAGCUGGGCAAGGUUUUGAGCAGUGAAGUGCUGGCAGCAGGCGGCACCAUUGAUCGUGAGACCGUUGCCGAAGGGCUCAGAUACUUUACCGACAGAAAGGUAGGAGGGAACGUCUUCAUGAUUGGCUUCGCGCACCUCUUCGACUUUGUGCAGUCAGCGCUAGGGGAACUCACGGAUGUGCAGAGCCAGCUGCAGCUUCAGAGGCCAACGGUCAAGCUCCGAAACCCGAGCACCAACACAAUCGUUGAGACAGUGACUUCCGACGUUCCUGAUCUGAUCAUAGCCACAGGACGACUGCAAUCGUCAGAUGUGGUCGCUCACGAAGCUACGGUGCUCGUUCGCUUCCGCCGGGGUCAGCAGUUCAAGGGCGAACCGGCCCUAACCUGGCAUGUCAACUGCGAGAGGGGCGAAAUUCGCGUGACAUCCUACGCAGGUAGCUCCCUGGGAGCUAGUGCACAUGCGGAGGCUGUGAAGAUAGAGAUCCACGACUUUGCGACAGAUGAGGCGGAAGAGAUGGACUGGGACUGGCCAGCAUGGUUGGAGGAAGAGAGGAUUCCCCUCACCGGGGCCAGUAUUGCGGCACUGUACGAAGAGUUCGCUAAAGGAGACAAAGGCUCGUACCCUACCCUGGCAGAUGCAUUGAACCGGCAUGAACAGCUAGACCGCAUUCUGUCCGGGUGGAAAGCUUAG